AUGGUUGAGACAGUCAAUACAACCAGGGAUACGAGUAGUACCAGCGAGAUUGUGGAUUCAACCAACAAUUUGGAGCAGGAAAAGGAAGUACAAGAUAAUGACGAGAACAUUAACGAUGAUAAUGAUGAUGAUGAAAAUAAGGACGAAAAUUUCAAAGAGGAAUUUAUGUAUUACGAAGACCCGAUAGAUGAUGAUCCAAAUAAUGUUGAACCAAAUAAUGCGGAGGAAGGGGAAUUAGAAAUUGACACAAACGACGACGACGAUGAAGACAAGACAUAUAUUGACCAUGAAACAUAUCGUGUUUUUUUUACAGCAGCUUUUAGAGGCAAGACGUUUAAGUGUUGCCAAACAUAA